AAAGAGGAAAACCAACUCCCGUCCGGAUCUCUCAACUUCCAACUGCAACGAGCGAAAUUCCGUUUUAACAACCGAUUCGCACGCCCAGCACACAACCAGCAUACGAUCGCAGCAAUCAUGGCCGAGAACAAGGACAUUCCCACUUUCAAGCUCGUCCUCGUCGGUGACGGUGGUACAGGCAAGACUACAUUCGUCAAGCGCCACUUGACGGGAGAGUUCGAGAAGAAGUACAUCGCCACGCUCGGUGUCGAGGUGCACCCUCUCCAGUUCCACACCAACUUUGGCACCAUCUGCUUCAACGUUUGGGACACGGCAGGACAGGAGAAGUUCGGUGGUCUCCGUGACGGCUACUACAUUCAAGGACAGUGCGGUAUCAUCAUGUUCGACGUCACCUCGCGGAUCACAUACAAGAACGUCCCCAACUGGCACCGAGACUUGGAGCGAGUCUGCGAGAACAUCCCUAUGGUGCUCUGCGGCAACAAGGUUGACAUCAAGGAACGAAAAGUCAAGACGGGUGCUGUUACCUUCCACCGCAAGAAGAACCUCCAGUACUUUGAGAUCUCGGCCAGGUCCAACUACAACUUCGAGAAGCCCUUCCUGUGGCUGGCGCGCAAGCUCGUCGGCAACCCAGGCCUCGAGUUUGUUGCCGCUCCCGCGCUCGCUCCCCCGGAGGUCCAGGUCGACGAGAACCUCAUGGCCCAGUACCAGCAGGAGCUCGAGGCGGCCCGUGCUGCGCCCCUGCCUGACGAGGAUGACGGUGACCUCUAAGCGGGCUCGCUCGGCUGGAAAGACAAAAGUGAGGGACUUAAAAAGAAAAGAAAAGAAUAGUGGGAGGACGAAGCCCUCUCCCACCUGCCCUGGUAGUAGUAACUCUGCUCUCCUCUUUACAAGUAGUAGUAGUAGUAGUCCUCUAGACGA